AUGGGAAUCAGAACAUCCACCGACCAUCCUCGCGUGGAUAUUCCGCCCCAGAACAUCAAUAUCCUCGACGGCAACGCACCCAAUCUCGCGGCUGAGUGUUCGUCCUUUGAGUCGCGAAUUGCUCGCUAUGGCGGUAUUGAGCUCUUCCUGGGUGGUGUGGGUCCAGACAGGCAUAUCACUUUCAACGAACCAAGCUCCUCUUUGAACAGUCAUACUCGUGUUAAAACCCUGGCAUAUGACACAAUCUUGGCUAACUCGCGGUUCUUUGGCAAUGACUUGGACUUGGUGCCGCGGAGGUCACUUACUGUGGGUAUUCAGACUAUCAUGGAUGAGAGCAAGUCGGCAAUCGCACAGCAUAAAUUGCCUGCGAUGUCCCGUCGCAAGAUGUUGGAUGAUGGGACACAGCCAUCUGGAAUCACACGGCAUAAAUUGCCUGCAAUAAUCAUCGUCGCCUGA